AUGAAUGAACGUACGUUUCCGGGGAGUAACAUCCCCGAUAAACCUGUGAAUCAAGGUUUGUUUGAUCAGCAUGGAGUUCCGGUUUCACCGUUUCCUGCUGAUGUUCUGAAGGAUGCCGGGAUGUACGAGCCAAACUCUUCUCCGGAUACUGUUCCAAUGCGUGGUAUUGGUUUGCGGGUAACGAAUAUUGAGGGUAACAAUCUGGCCCCAAGACGGGGUAUCUUUUCUACCAGCAACAAUUCUGUUAUAGAUGGGCUUCUGGAAAUCUCUAAACCGGUGGAGUUGAGCACUGCAUGUGGAGGGAAUCAAUCGGCUGUGGUGAAUCCUUCCCAUGCAAACCCUAGUGGAGCUUCUAACAUAAACCCUAAUGUAGCUGAUAAGGAUUUCGGGAGCAAUCAGAUUGGUGUGCAAGGAAGUCAGAAUGUUCGCAGGGAUUCAGGUAAGUCUCCGGUAUCUUACGCGGAUUCUAUUGGGGCUGCUAGUGCUAGAACGGUCAAUUUUAGAUCACUCACAAGUCCGGUAGCUCAUGAGGGUUGUGAUGUAGUUUUGCCGAAGGAAUCUGUUAGGGUUGUUAAGGAUAAGCUUGCUUAUACGUUAUAUGGAUACUUUCUUGGUGAUCGUGUUGCAUACCCGGUAGUCGAGUAUUUCGUAAGGAAUAACUGGAAGAAAUUUGGCCUCCAAAAGACUAUGAUGAAUGCUAGUGGUUAUUUCUUCUUUAAGUUUGCUGAUGAAAAUGGUAUGAUGAAUGCUAUGAAAGGAGGUCCUUGGAUCAUUCGUUCGCAACCGCUUUUUCUUAAUGUAUGGUCUCCAUCUUCGAAACUGGAAAAGAAGGAAGUUAAAACUGUGCAACUGUGGGUUAAAAUUCACGAGGUUCCCCUUGCGGCAUAUACAGAGGAUGGUUUAAGUAUGAUUGCAACGGCUAUUGGUAACCCGAUAGCCUUAGACACGUAUACUACCUCAAUGUGCUUGGAUUCUUGGGGUCGGAGCAGUUUUGCGAGAGCUCUAGUUGAAAUAUCGGCAGACAAGGAGUUCAAAGAGGAAAUUGUGAUUGCUGUCCCAGUUUUGGAAGGGGACGGGUUUGUUAAGGAAAAGAUGUAUGUGGAGUACGAAUGGAGCCCUCAUCGAUGCUCCUUUUGUAAGGUUUUUGGGCAUCACGAUGGGGAUUGUCCGAAGCAAAUUAGGCAGCUUACGAAGGCUCCGGCCAUUGUUCCAAAAGUUCCUAAAGUGCCUAAUUCUAAAGGGCCUUCGAAAAAACCAACGGUAGACAAAGACGGGUUCACGGAUGUGGAUGCUAGGAAAACGGCAAAGAGAAAGGGGUUCCCGGUUAACAAACAAAAACAGCAAUUUGAAUACCGUCCGGUUGGGUUAAAAACCAGUGGUGGGCCGAAUAAAUCAGCCACGACGUCGAGUUUUUAUUCGAAUAACCCCUUUGACGUGUUAAAUGAUUCGAGGAAUGACCAUGAAGCUGGUGGAAGCGGAGUAGGGGAUAUGAAAGAUGAUUCGGAUGAUGACGAGGUCCAGGAAGUAUACAAUGAAACGGUUGAAUUUCUUGUUAAUGAUGCUACUAAACCUGUAACUAAACAAGGGGCAAGCACUCCUUCUUCAGCGGUUAACAAUGAAUCGCAUGUUGAUGUUAGUAGGCUGAGUCAUGUGUGCAAAUCUGUGUUUCGUUCAUGGGAUUGGACAUCAAAUGGGGCUCAUUGUAACAAGGGUACAAGGAUUAUCAUAGGCUGGAAUCCAGCCAUCUUGGAUGUCAUGGUCUUGUCUCAAACCGAUCAGGUUAUUCAUUUACAACUCUUUUUCAAGAAAGAUAACAAAAUAGCUUUUUGCUCGGUGGUCUAUGCAGCUAAUUACUAUGUGAAACGUAGGGAGUUAUGGCACCAUUUGUCUAUGCACAAAGUUUUUGUUGGUACUAAGCCUUGGGUGCUUAUGGGUGAUUUCAAUUCGGCCCUAAACCUAGAAGAUAAAUCGAUGGGGGCCUCAGCUGUUUCUAUUAGCAUGAAGGAAUUCCAAGAGUGUGUGGAUAAUAUUGAAAUGUUUGAUAUUAAUCGAUCGGGUCUCCACUUUACUUGGAACCAGAAGCCCAAGAAGGGGAUUGGCUUGCUGAAAAAGAUCGAUAGAGUGUUGGGUAAUACCGAGUUCGUAACUGCUUUUCCGAAUGCUGUUGCUCUUUUUCAGCCGUAUAGGCUCUCGGAUCAUUGCCCGUGCGUUUUAAAGCUCCCAGAUGCUGACAUUGUGAAGCGAGAGUGGGGUACUAGAAUUAAAGGAGUGCAUCAGUUCUGUGUUGUUAAACGUCUUCGGCUCCUGAAAAAACCACUUCGUGCUCUGUUAUUUAAGCAAGGUAACUUGCAUAAAAAAGUGGAAAAUCUCCGUGAUAAGCUUGAGGCCAUUCAGAGUUGUAUUGAUAACCAGCCAAAUGUUGAGAGUCUUCGGGUUCAAGAAGCUACUGUAAGUGCUGAAUACCAAGAAGCGUUAUUGGAUGAGGAGCGUUUCCUUAAACAGAAAUCUAAAGUGGACUGGUUGAGAGCUGGGGAUAUGAACACGGCUUUUUUCCAUUCUUCUUUAAAAAACCGAAAUCAUCAUAGCCGGAUUGAUGUCAUUCGUGAUGCUGGGGGUACUUUAUUUGAGGGCAACCAUGUUCAUCAAGCUUUUGUUGAUCACUAUGAGAAGUUCUUGGGGUGUCGGGGUGAUACGUCGCUGAAUCCGGCUCCGGAUUUAUUCUCUAACGUCUUGGAUCCGAGUGUAGCUAAUCAUAUGUGUAGACAGGUGACGGAAGAUGAGGUUAAGAAGGCCAUGUUUUCUAUUGGCAUUGAUAAGGCCCCGGGUCCUGAUGGGUAUACGGCGGCGUUUUUCAAGAGUGCGUGGCCUAUAGUUGGUGAUGAUGUCUCAAGGGCUAUCAUUGAUUUUUUUGAUACUGGUAAUCUUCUACGAGAAUUAAAUCACACUCUUAUUGUGCUAGUUCCAAAGGUGCCUUCUCCGUCGACAGUCACUGAGUUCAGGCCGAUAGCUUGUUGUAACGUAGUUUAUAAAUGCAUUAGCAAGAUAGUUGCGGACAGAGUGAAGGGGGCGUUAAAUGAUAUUGUCAGCAUAAAUCAAUCGGCGUUUGUCCCAGGAAGGAAGAUUUCGGAUAAUAUUCUGUUAACCCAAGAAUUGAUGCACAAUUAUCAUCGUAAUUCGGGCCCCCCAAGAUGUGCGUUCAAAGUAGAUAUCCAGAAGGCCUAUGAUACGGUUGAUUGGAACUUCCUUAAGAAUAUUUUGCUGGGAUUUGGGUUUAGCGGUAAGAUGGUUGAUUGGAUCAUGGUUUGUGUCUCCACUGCUUCGUACUCCGUUUGUGUCAACGGUAAUGUGCACGGGUUUUUUCAAGGUAAUCGGGGUCUUCGCCAGGGAGAUCCGUUGUCCCCGUAUUUGUUCACUCUUGUGAUGGAGGUUCUCACGGGCAUUCUGCAUCACAUGGUCAGGAUUGAUUCGUCUUUUAAAUUUCAUAACAAAUGUGAGAAGCAGCAAAUUAUCAAUCUAUGUUUUGCAGACGAUUUGUUCCUUUUUGCUAGAGGGGAAAUUGCUUCAGCUAGAGGUAUUAUGAAUUCUCUCUCUAAAUUUUCUAAAAUGUCGGGGUUGGUGCCUAGUAUACAGAAAAGUACGGUGUUCUUCUGUAAUGUCCCGAGUUAUAUUAAAAAUGCUAUUUUGAACAUUAUGCCGUUCAAGGAGGGAUCCUUGCCUGUGCGCUAUCUUGGUGUGCCUCUAAUUUCGUCAGGGCUUCUUUAUAAAGACUAUAGUGUUAUGAUGGAAAAGCUUGACAAACGUAUCAUGCAUUGGAGAAAUAAAUUACUCUCGUUUGCUGGCAGAUUGCAACUCAUUGUUUCCGUCUUGUCCACUAUGCAUAUUUACUGGUCCUCUGUCUUCUUAUUGCCAUCACGGGUCACUCAUGAAUUGGAGGCGAAGAUGCGGAAUUUUCUUUGGGCCCAAGACUCUACGUUUCAAAAAGGUAAAGCGAAGGUUUCUUGGAAAGUAGUUUGUCUCCCUAAAUAUGAAGGCGGAUUGGGGAUUCGGCGAUUAGGAGAUGUUAAUAAAGCACUCAUGACUAAUCAUAUUUGGAGUAUUGUUACGAAAAGAAAAUCAUUGUGGGUGGAGUGGGUGCACAGUUACAGGUUAAAAGGUAAUAGUUUCUGGUUAUCUAAAAUUAUUUCCAAUAGUUGCUACUCGUGGAGAAAGCUCCUUCAACUUAGACCGCAAAUGAGAGAUUUUUUCUGGUCGGAUGUUGGUGAUGGUACACGGACCUCGGCUUGGUUUGAUUAUUGGUGCGAUAUAGGGCCGCUCGGCAACUUUAUCUCCCCUAGAACCAUUGCUAAUGCAGGAUUUCGAUUGGAGGACUCGGUGUCUGACAUUCAGUUAAAUGGAGAAUGGAAAUGGCCGGUUGCUUGGAGGGAUUUAUUCCCAGUCUUAAUUCAGCUAGAUCAAUUCCACGUAACCCCGAACAAAAUUGACAGAAUCAUGUGGCGUGAUGGUAGUGAUCGGAAAGAUUUUUCGACUUCAUGUGUAUGGAAUACGAUUCGGCAUAAAGAAACGGAAGUAGCAUGGAGCACUAUUGUUUGGUUUACCCAAUGUAUCCCGCGGCACGCGUUUCUCAUGUGGCUGAUCAUGCGAGGUAAAUUACUUACGCAGGAUAAAAUUCUAAGCUGGGAUUUGUCUAGACGGAAAAAUAUGAACAUGAUGUGUUGCUUAUUGUGCUAUGCAAAUCAUGACUCCCAUAGUCAUUUGUUUUUUGAAUGUAACUACUCGGCUAAAGUUUGGGAUAUGGUGAAAUGUAAGGUGGGUAUGGACUCGGUUCAACCUAAAUGGGCUGAUAUUGUGAAUUGGUUACUUGUUCGGUCCAACUCUAAACUAGCCGCGGAUUAUGUUGCUAGAGUGGUGGUUGCGGCUACGGCUUAUGUUGUUUGGCAGGAACGCAAUGCUCGGAUCUUUAAAAAUCAACUAAGACCGCCAGAAACUGUUGGUGCUCACAUAAUACAGCUGGUUCGAUACAAGUUAAUGGGAGCAAGACUGAAGAAUACUGAGGCAAAAAGCGCAAAAAGAUGGGAUGCUGAUCGGGAAUGCUAUUUGGAUCCUAAAGGAAACAUAAUUCUUGAACCUUCAUCAGUUAGUUUUGAAACUCUCAUUGAGCAACUAGCAGAAGAGGAAGAAGAAAGACAGCGACAAUGGUGGGGAAAAGAAGCUGAAGAAAAGGAAAAGGAGAAGGAGUUGUAG